AUGAGCCUCGAUCACGAUAGCUCGAGCAGUCCGCCCGCGGAUCCGGAGAAGCGGGGCAAGGGCGAUGAAAUCGGAACGGGUGGUGCCUUUACGGUCCCGGACGACAAUGAUGGCUUUGUCGUGGAGACAAAUAAGUUGCAUAGGAAUCUGAAGGGGAGACAUAUGCAGAUGAUCGCCAUCGGUGGCGCGAUCGGUGCAGGUCUCUUCGUCGCGACUAACAGCGCUUUUCAGACUGGAGGUCCUGGUGCCGUGCUCAUUGGUUUCAUGAUCAUUGGUGGCAUGAUAUACUUGAUGAUGCAAGCGCUCGCCGAGUUGUCCGUCAUGUACCCGAUCAAUGGCGCAUUUACCAUGUACAUUUGCAGGUUCAUUGAUCCCUCGUGGGGUUUUGCCUGUGGGUGGGAGUAUGGUAUUGCUUGGCUUACCGUGCUCCCUUUUGAGAUUUCCGCUGCUUGCAAUAUCAUCCAUUAUUGGACGAGUGUAGAGAAUGUCAAUGAUGCUGCUUGGAUCGUACCGCUACUUGUUGCUCUUAUUGUCAUCCAGUUCUUUGGCGUUAGAGGCUAUGGGGAGGUCGAAUUCGUUCUCAGCACCAUGAAAGUCAUUGGAUGUAUCGGAUUCAUGCUUUUAGGAAUUAUCAUCGACUGUGGCGGUGUACCAACCGAUAACAGAGGGUACAUUGGUGCCAGAUACUGGCAUUCUCCCUACAGUGCUUUCCUCAAUGGCUUCCAUGGAUUCUGUACCGUCUUCGUCACAGCCUCGUUCUCCUUCAGUGGAACCGAACUUACGGGACUCGCUGCUGCCGAGGCCGAAGAUCCUAAAAAAGAAAUCCCAAAAGCCACCAAGCAGGUCGUUUGGCGUAUUUGCCUUUUCUACAUCAUCAAUCUGUUCCUGGUUGGUCUCAUUGUACCCGAAAACAGUCCCCUUUACAGUGGCACCGGAGCCGAAAGUCGACACUCGCCCUUUGUGAUCGCAAUCGAGCUCGCAGGUAUCAAAGCACUUCCCUCAAUCUUCAAUGCCAUGAUCUUGAUUUCCGUCAUGAGCGUUGCCAACUCGUGCACCUUUGGCUCUACCCGAACCUUCCAAGCCUUGGCUCACAACGGUAUGGGCCCACCCCAAUUUGCCUACGUCGAUAAGAAAGGUCGUCCAGUCGUCGUUGUAAUCCUACAAGUCCUCUUCGGCUGCCUCGCCUUCAUCAAUCUCGACACUAGCGGCGGUGGCAACGUCUUCACUUGGCUACUCUCCCUCUCCGGCCUCUCUUCCUUCUUCAUCUUCGGCAGUAUCGCCGUUGCACACAUCCGCUUCCGUCAAGCAUGGAAACUCAACGGCCACAGCACAGACGAGCUCCCCUUCCGCGCCGCCUUCGGCAUCUGGGGCUCCUACGUUUGCGCCGUAAUGAACUUCCUCUGCCUCGCGGCCCAAUUCUACGUCGCGCUCUACCCCGUCGGUGGCCCCAACCUGAGCGCCACCAUCUUCUUCCAAGAUUACCUCGCGGGUCCCUUCAUCGUCUUCUUGUACAUCAUCUGGAAAACGUACUCUUGGUUCAAGGUGCCCGCGCACAGGCCGCUGUACGUCAAGAUUAGCGACAUCGAUAUCUAUACAGGGAUGAGGGAGGAGCAGCGGGGUAUUAGCGGGCUGAAUGCCGAUCCUGAGUAUAGGAGGCAGAGCAUUGCGCAGUUCCAGUCGGAGAAGGUGAAGAGGGGGCCGUUGGCGUGGAUUAAGGCUUUUGUGUUGGCUAUUUUCUGA